AUAUAGAUAUAUGUAUGUGUUUUUGUGGGUAAAUACGUAGGUGAAUACGUGUGGGUGAUACGUAUGAACGUGUUCAAGCAACCAUUCACUGCCAUAAGAUUCAGUUGGGUUCGAGACUACACCGGUUUAACAUAUUCUUUAUCGCUCACAUAUUCAGAAUAUUUUAAAUAGUUAAUAAAUUUUUAUUGUAUCGUAAAAUGAUCGAAAGUACACAAUCAGAUAUGAAGACAAUCACAUUUUUUGAGUGUGUUUCAACCAAGUGUAAAAUAAAACAACUGAAAUCAGUUUAGUAUGGCACAUGCCCAAUUAUGAGAAAUUAUUGGUGUUAGUGAUUAAUUUUCGCUGAAUUCAAGAAAUAUGUUCUAUCCUCAGAGAGUGAUGAGACAGAUCUCUGAAAUCUCCUAUGUUGGCAUUGGAAAUCUAUAUUUGAGAAAUAUGACCUGGACGGUGAUGGGAAAAUCUCAUAUCAAGAAUUAAGAGCUAUGAUACGCAGUUCUAGUUAUUCUAAUGAUAUUCCAACCAGAGUUGUUCAUACAAUUAUGCAUAAGGCAGAUCUAGAUGAUUCAGGAUACUUGGAUUAUCCAGAAUUUAUAGCUAUGAUUCACAGGAAAGAUAUGCAAGGUGUUUUUGGCCACCUUGUGCAGAGAUAUGUACAAUCUAUGGUUCCACAAAGACCAACUACCUUCGAAAUAGCAAGAUCAAGUGACAUCCCUGAUGGACAAUAUGAGGAAGAAUAUAGUUGUAAACCUCCAGCAUUAGCAAUGAUAAUUAUAUCUGUAUUAGAAAUUACUUUAUUUUUAUAUGAUGUAAUUGUACACAAAUCACCUUCGGUUGAAGGACCAGCAGCUACGUUAUUUAUUUAUAAUCCACACAAAAGAUACGAAGCAUGGAGGUAUUUAACAUACAUGUUUGUACAUGUGGGUGUAUUUCAUCUAGUAGUAAACCUACUUGUGCAAAUAAUGCUUGGUAUUCCAUUGGAGAUGGUACACAAAUGGUGGAGAGUAUUGACUAUAUAUAUAGCAGGAGUGAUAGCAGGAUCACUUGGUACCUCUGUAUCAGAUCCCACAGUAUAUUUGGCCGGAGCAUCAGGUGGUGUAUAUGCAUUAAUUACUGCUCAUGUAGCAACCAUUGUAAUGAAUUGGUCGCAAAUGGAAUUUGCUAUCUUACAAUUAUUAGUAUUCCUUGUUGUGACGGUUGUUGAUAUCAGUCAAGCGAUAUAUAAUCGUUAUGUGUUAGAAGCCAACGACCAAGUUGGUUACGUUGCUCAUUUUGCUGGUGCCAUUGCGGGCCUACUCGUAGGUAUAAACGUACUUCGUAAUCUCGAAGUGAAAACAUGGGAAAAAGUUGUAUGGUGGGCCAGUAUUAUUACCUACACUAUACUUAUGACAGCCGCCAUUUUGUGGAAUAUUUUGUAUACAUCUUAUUACGAUUAAUUAUCAUUAUACUGGUUUUCAAAUAUUUAUUUUUUACUGUUGCAUUUCCUAGCGGCAAUCAAAGUUUAUAAUCUAGCCACUAAGCAGUGAAAUCUUCUCUACAAGAAUAGCUAAAUAAAUAGGGUGCUAAUUUUUACACUUGUGAAACUGAACAUUAAUAUAUUGCAUACUGUGAUAUAGAAAAUCUCUAUAUUUUGCACAGAAAAAAUAACUAUUAAAAACGACAAUGACAAAUAAUUUUAUAACAUUUUUAUAACAAUAAAUUCAUUAACGAUCAUAAAAUAUAAAACGUAAAAUAUUGCCUCUUAUAAAUACGUCGUAAAACGAUAAUUGCAAUAUGAUAUCAUUAUAGCACGAUGUUUUCAGUGUUUGAAUACAUAUUACAGUAAUAUUUUAUUACUCAUAGCAUUUAAUUUUAAAGAAAUAAGUUUUAUUAUUAUUAUUAUUAUAUAUGUAAAGUAUUAUUGACAUAUAUAUAAAAAUACUGUUACUGGACGUUUCUCUUCGAUGGUAAUUUUUAUGUAAUAAGUCAUUGUGCUUCAUUAUAUCAUGUAUGUAUUUAUAAUUCACUAUGUCAUGUACCUGAUUUGCAAACUAUUAUUGUGUUACAUAACUAAUUUGACUAAUUUGACUUAUAUGUACAUAUAAGAUAUAUAAAAACUUUCACAAACUUGAAAUUUUAAUUGUGAAAUUGAUUGAUGACAAAGUAAAGUUAUUCUUUAGUUAUUUCUUUAAAACUUGGAGAAAAUAGAACAAGAAUAAAAUGCUUUUCAAACACAAAAUAGAAGUCUCGGGUGUACACUGUUUUAAUACUAAAAUUUAUUUAAAAACGCACUAUUUCAGUUUUAUGAAGAAAAUAAACACUGAAAUUUAAUUUUAAUUGCUCUGUUUGUAAUAAAAUAUUCUUUCGUAAAGUUCAUUUAUAAUUUAAUUUACAGUAACUAUUUUAAAUUUUGUCAAAAUGUUCAUACCUUAAACGUAUAUUUCAAAAGAUACCCGUGAAUCGUGAGGUACAAUCAUUGGAAACAGUAUACAUAGUAAAUGCAAUAGAAUUUAUAAUUAUUAUUAUGCACAAUUAUAUCCAUCAUAUUUUGUUACUAAUUAAAGUAAUUAUUAAGAUCAGUAUAUACAAAGAAAAUAUAUUAAUUUUUUUUUAUUUUUAUCAAACAAAAUCUUUAAUUUAUUUAUUUUUUUUCAUAUUUUGUUUUUAUCACAUAUAUACUAAUCGUAUUUUUAAGAUUUAAAUAUCCGAAACGCGUACAAAGUGAGAACAUGAUAUAUAUAUAUAAUGCAAUGAAAGUGUGGAAGAUAAUAUAAGUUCUUUAUUUUUGUACUUUCGUAUUAAGAAUUAAAUAAUAAAUAAAUUUGGAAUUAGACUAUUCACAGGAGUAACGAAAUAUACACAAAAAAAAAUGCAACCCAUGAAACUGAAUGGUUAGUUUAAGAAUUUCAUUGUAAAAGACGUAAUCAAUACGAUAAUUAAAGUAAAGUUGUUGCUUCAGAAAUGCAUGUUAUAUGUUAUUUGUAACGAGAUGAUCUCAAUAGACAGGGUAAUUCGAGAGAAAACUGAGAGUAAAGUGAACAGAAAUUACCAUUGCAACAAAUUUGAUCAAACAUUGAAAAAAAUUUAUCAAGGAAUUUCAACUUUAUUUGUUAAUCGUAUUUAUAUAACUUUUAAUUUGUAAGUGCUUCUUAUGUAUUAUCUUGUGUAUGUGCGUUUUGUAAUAAAUAUCAAAUAUAAAGUAAAAAAAUGUAUGUAUUAUUGUAAAAAGUAUGUCUGUAUUAUUGUAUAAAACUAAUAUUUAUUUAAGUAUAGUAUCGCUCAUAAUUAAUCUCAAAUAAUAAUUUCAAAAUGUUGUACAAAUAGGAAGACUGUACUUUUAAGUACAUUUUUAAUAUACUACUAACUUGAUAGAAAUGUUAGAUAAUAUUGCUAGUAAUAAUGAAGUGAAAAAGGGGAAAAAGACAGCAUUGUAAGAAUUUAUUUUUGACAUUUAUAAAAAUUCAAUUAAUAAUUUCAAAUAAAAUAAAUCACUAUUGUAAUUUCAUUGACAUCAAUGUGUUGAAUUCUUCUGAAUAAAUUUCACAUUGAUCUAUGAUUUAUUACUCUUAUUCGUUAAACUGAAAUUGUUGUAAAUCAUCGAACAAUAAACAGAUUAAUUAUAAAUUGCGAAUUUCUUAUUAUAAAAUAAUUAUGAGCGAUACUAGAUCUGUUUAAUCUAGCAUAAGUGAUAACUCAAUACAGUGACAAAGGAACAAUUUGUUAUUUGCAUAUUUUGCACACGUACUGUAUAAAAUAGAACAGAGUGAUCAAACUAUUAAUUAACCGUCGCUUGAAAUGGAUAUUAUUUCAACAUUAAAAUACAGUCGUACAGAUAGUCGUUAAGUUGCCUCGUUUGUUCGAUAAAUAGUUUCUAUCUUAAUAGUAAGUACCAUCAUUUUGGACAGGUACGAUUAUUUCCUUAUGUAUAUAUAUAUAUUUCUUCAGUCAAGUAUUACGAUAUUUAUUAAUAAAAAAAAAAGAACGACAUAUCUCCUUAGAUCUUAUUUAAAUAAUUGACUGUACAAUGAAACCAUUAUAUAUAUAUAUAUAUUUUU